AUGAACCAUGCAGUCUCUGGCGCUCAUGACGGUUGUACGAUCAAGCCCGAAGGAUCACAUCACAUCCACCAGAUCGAGGAAGUCAUUGCACGCGCUACGACACUCCAAGUCGGGAAGAGAUCGCUCACUGGGCUGGCCAACACUCGUACAUUUCUGGGCAGGCGCUAUGCGGGUGCAAAUGGCGUCAUCCAUGGUUGCCCGCCACAAUGCUUCUCUUCAAUGGCACAUGCCGCAUGCAGUGGCCACCUGAGCCAAUUUCUCCCGGCGUGGUUCCCGAAAAAUUAUGAGCUCCUCACUUCGAUGAUCGAUAUGCUACGAGAUGCAAGACUCUCCGAUGGGACAAGGGAAUUUCGCAAAUAUCCUAUCGUGUGUCUUUCUGCAGCUGCACCUCGAGCAGGCUUUCCACACACCACCCCCGUACUGGAAGACGGCCGGCUUAUCACAAGCCGGCUUGAUAUGUCACUCCCCACUUCAAUUUACUGCCAACUCAGUCGGCUGACUAUCAGCACGACAUGCCGUACCUACGAGCAAGUGACAAGACAGCAGAGCCGCAUGAGGGCUGCAAGAUAA